AUGCAACCAAAAAACACUUUACACGAGAAGAAAUAUUGUCAUGGUGACAUAUUCAAGUUUUCCACAAACCCCUUUGACGGACACAGGUGUUCUGUAACCCCCUAUGACGGACACAGGUUUUAUGUCCUUCCAGAACUGGCUGAGCUAAACUCAAGAGAGGAAACCUCGUCGCGGGGAGAUGCUAAGAGGAAAAGCACAGAGAACGAUGUAGGAGGGCCCAGACCCUCCGGUGCAGCAGCCACCAGUCCUAAAAGUGUGAACGGCCAAACGCCGGCCAACUCAGCCGCCUCCUCGUCAGGCAACGCACCGAAGGCUCCAUUUCCCGAGGAAGACAUCGCCAAACUGGUCCAGCUCGGGUUUCCACGACGACAGGCCAUCGAGGAACUCGGGAGAACCAAUGGCAACGUGGACAUGGCAUCCAUGGCCCUCCUCGCAAAGUCUCUCAAGUUCCAAUGACGUAGAACAGGCUUAGACUUGUUGUAGAUGCAUAGUAGCCUCCAUGGCAUGCCAAGAACUGGGGGUCUUCAUGGUCUUUGGGAGCUUUUAUGUGGUAUUUUCUGAUUGCAUACAGACAACAUAGCCGGCCUGGUUGAAUUA